AUAAGGUGACGGUUUUUCGCCGGAAGUUAGAACGUGGGAGGGGGUGUUUGUUGUUGGCUGGUUUUUUAAUCGACCGCCAGCGGUGGUUUGCGGUUUCCUGGGGUGUGCGUGUGCGGCGGACUUCGUCGUGCGUGAUUCGCCAUGGUGUGCGAGAAGUGUGAGAAGAAACUUGGCACUGUAAUUACACCUGAUACAUGGAAAGAUGGUGCACGAAAUACUACAGAAAGCGGUGGGCGAAAACUAAAUGAAAAUAAGGCGUUGACAUCAAAGAAGGCAAGGUUUGAUCCGUAUGGCAAAAACAAAUUUGCGAUAUGCCGAAUUUGUAAAAGUUCAGUUCACCAGCCAGGUUCUCACUACUGCCAGGGAUGUGCUUACAAAAAGGGCAUCUGCUCAAUGUGUGGAAAGAAAGUCUUGGAUACAAAAAACUACAAGCAAACAUCUGUAUAGUUGUAUACUGUGAGCUCUUCCCAUUGACCUCCUUUGAGAUUAAACACAAUUAACAAACAUUAUCAGCUUGAGCAAAAUGCUGAAAAGGUCCCCUAUAAUUUACUUGGCUUUGAUUUAAACAUGGUCUGAUCAAUGUUUGUGCUACUUGUACUAUAAGGGAGCCUUAUGCUUCCUUGUAACUUGAUCUGGUUGAUACACUGAUACAAGAGACAUCCACCAGUGGUACUUAGUGGUAUAAAUAUUUAUACAUCUUAUUAUAAACACAUAUGCUUUUUGUCUGAACUUACAAAUCCUAAAGCCGUCUGUAGAAAAUGCAAGGCUGAAAAUAUUUAUCAAUUUUUUCUUCACAGAUUGAUAACCUGGAGGACUUAGUGGUUGUAUUGUGAGAUGCUCUGUGUGCCAGCAGUACAAAUAAAUAGCAAGUUUUCAUAUAUGUUUAUUAGUGUAUAAAAUAUGCAGUGCAAUUUGUAUUCCCCUAAACAAACUGGAGCUCACUAAGGCCCCAUAAACCUCCUAGGAUUGUUGCCUGCUGUUGGGUCACAUAGUUGAAGGCUACGUGUUCAACUUGGCAGGUCCCAAGUUCUGAAACCCUAUGCAAUAUGUUUCAGUGAAGAAUUUUUUUUUAACUAUCUGGGUUUGUUGGACUGAAAUAUAAGGUGGAAAUGACAAGGCUAAUGUAAAUUAGUCUUUAUCAUUAUGGUGUCAAUUAAGUAUUGAGGCAAAGCCUUAACAAAGAAAGAACUGUAUAUAAACAUGUUUUCAAUAUGUUGCAUUAAAACAAAGAAAUGUUCUAGGAAA